AUGAGCGACAUUUGGAAUCGAUUUUUCAAUGGAUAUAGUUAUACAGACCAUACAUCAAAUUCAAUAAUUCAUGAUUCAUCAGGAAAUUAUCACGUAAACCAUGUUUUCUUUACAAACCUUAAUUCACAAAUUAUUAGAUUUUUUGGGAAUGAUGAUAGUAAACUUCUUAUAUCAUUCUGCGUAUUUGAUUCUAAUAAUGUACAUGUACGAAACGGAAACAUUUACCAAGAAAAAGGCCAAUGUGUUCAAUAUCGAAUCUGUAGUUACAUUUCAACAACAAACAAUUAUGAAUAUCCACACUCAUAUAUUCGCACAACAAACAAUCAAGAAUACAAAAAUUACUUAAUUGAAUCCACAAUUACUUUAAGUGAUGGAAAAACAGGACCAAUAUAUCAACGAUGGGGUGGUAUUAAAAUUGAAAAUGUAAAUAUUUCAUAUUCAGAAGCAUCAACACAUUAUUCAGUUUAUUUUAUUUAUGGAGUAACUCGGAUUACUGCAUCAAAUUCAUAUUCAACAUUCUUUAAUAACACAGCUAAAGAAUAUAGCUGUUUAUAUAAUUACUAUAGCCUAACAUAUAUCAAUUACUGCAACAUUCUUUCAAAUCAAUGUUCAAAAACAUUUAAAGAUGAUAACGGAAUCAUUCAUGCUUUUAAUCGUGCUGUGGUUACUAUUGAACAUUGUGUUAUAUCAAACAAUAAUGGAUACAAUUUAUUCUAUGCAAAAAAUGAUUGUUCAAUUAAAGUUAUUUCCUGUUUCAUUCCAUCAAAUGAUGUUAUUAUCUCAGCUAAUGGUCAAUUAUCUACAUCAGCGAUAGUUGAUUCCCUGCAAUUUGUUAAUGAGCAUUUCAAUACAAUAUUGUGCUAUGCACCAAAUCCAAUUAAAUCAAUCACAAUUCUAUUAAUUGAGCUUGAGCGAACAGAAUACUAUUAUAAAGCUGACAAAUAUAUCAAAUUAUCUGGAAAUGUUAGAUGCGAAGCAGAUAGUUUUACCAUCUAUUGUCAAAUAGAAGGUCAAAUGAUUAAUUUUUUGGGAGAUGCCUUAAUCCUAUCAGAGAACAAAUAUCAUGCGAAUAAUAAUACAUAUAGUUUUACAGCAAAUUAUGAAUUGCCAGAUUCUCUUAAAGAACCAAAUAUUUAUAAUUUGACAAUUCAUGCAGAAACUAAUUCAGAAGACUCAAAUGUUAUAUAUCGAGAAUUUCAAUUCAAACGUAAUACUCCAAAGAUAGAAAUUAUUAAGCAGCCAACAUUCCCAGUUUAUCUCAACAAAACUCGUAUUAUGAAAUUCAUAUUAUCUGUCACAGAUCAAGAUGGCGAAGGAAAUGUUACAAUUAAUCAUGUUCUCAAUAACAUUGGUGGUAAAGAACCUAUAAAUAUUCAAAUUAAUAAUCAAACUGAUCAUCAUGUUCCAUAUGAUGUUUCAAUUCCAGAAAAUUUCGAUGUUGGAAAUUAUAAUCUCAGAUUUACGGCGACAGAUGAACACAAUCUUGUUUCAGAUAUCAAUAUCACGGUCACAUUUGCUAAUAUGCCUACUGAAAAUAUCAAUAUUGUGACAUUUCAUAAAUUCUACAAACGUUAA